AUGGGAAAGGAAAAAAUUCAUAUCAACAUUGUCGUCAUCGGUCAUGUCGAUUCAGGUAAAUCGACAUCAACUGGUCACUUGAUCUACAAGUGUGGUGGUAUCGAUAAACGUACCAUCGAAAAAUUCGAAAAAGAAGCUGCUGAAAUGGGUAAAGGUUCGUUCAAAUACGCUUGGGUAUUGGACAAACUCAAAGCUGAACGUGAACGUGGUAUCACCAUCGAUAUCUCACUGUGGAAAUUCGAAACUGCUAAAUACUACGUUACCAUCAUCGAUGCUCCCGGUCAUCGCGAUUUCAUCAAGAACAUGAUCACUGGUACAUCACAAGCUGAUUGUGCCGUCUUGGUCGUCGCUGCCGGUACUGGUGAAUUCGAAGCUGGUAUCUCAAAGAACGGUCAAACUCGUGAACAUGCCCUUCUCGCCUACACCCUCGGUGUCAAACAAAUGAUCGUCGCUGUCAACAAGAUGGACACAACUGAACCACCAUAUUCAGAAAAACGUUUUGAUGAAAUCAAAACUGAAGUUUCCAACUACAUCAAGAAGAUCGGUUAUGCCUCACAAGGUGUUGCUUUCGUUCCCAUCUCCGGCUGGCACGGUGACAACAUGAUCGAACCAACCGAAAAGAUGCCAUGGUACAAGGGAUGGUCCGUCGAACGCAAAGAGGGAAAUGCUAGUGGUAAAACACUCUUGGAAGCUCUCGAUGCUGUUAUUCCACCAUCACGUCCAACUGACAAACCACUCCGAUUACCCUUACAAGAUGUCUACAAAAUCGGUGGUAUCGGUACAGUGCCAGUUGGUCGAGUCGAAACUGGUGUUCUCAAACCUAACAUGGUUGUCAGCUUUGCACCAUCUAACUUACAAACUGAAGUCAAAUCAAUCGAAAUGCACCAUGAAGCUCUCGAAGAAGCCGUGCCAGGCGACAACGUUGGCUUCAACGUGAAGAACGUUAGUGUGAAAGAACUUCGUCGUGGUUUCGUUGCCUCUGACAUCAAGAACGAUCCAGCUCAAGAAACAGCCAACUUCACAGCUCAAGUCAUCGUUCUCAAUCACCCUGGUCAAAUCGGUGCUGGUUAUGCUCCAGUUCUCGACUGUCACACAGCUCAUAUUGCUUGUAAAUUCGCUGAACUUCUCGAGAAAGUCGAUCGUCGUUCAGGUAAAACACUCGAAGAAGCCCCGAAAUUCUUGAAAUCUGGCGAAGCCGCUAUGGUAAAAAUGAUUCCAUCAAAACCAAUGUGUGUUGAGAAAUUCUCUGACUAUCCACCACUUGGUCGAUUCGCCGUCCGUGAUAUGCGUCAAACAGUCGCAGUCGGUGUUAUCAAAGAAGUCGAAAAGAAAGCUGCAGCAUCAGGCAAAGUCACCAAAUCAGCAGCUACGGCUGCCAAAGGUGGCAAAAAGUAA